AUGUCUUACGUUCGUUGGAUGUCACAGUUACCCGCAUGGCUGACACACAUGCCCCUCUCGUGUCUCGCUAUCCCAGGUUCGCACAACUCCGGCACAAGUGACCUUGACCCCGCCCUAGGUAUCGCCGUUGACCAGACGGCAAGUAUCCGUGUCCUUGGCAGCACAUGCUGUGGUUCAUCAGUGGUCAGACAGUGGUCCAAGACGCAACAUUUGUCGAUCUUGGAGCAACUAAAGGCGGGUGUACGAUAUUUUGACUUCCGUGUCGCUUUGCACCCCCGGACCGGAGAUUUCCGGUUUGUUCAUGGACUGUAUGGUAGUCUUGUAGAACAAACUUUAUGGGAUAUCAAACUUUUUCUGCUACAAAAUCCCCAAGAAGUGGCAAUACUGCACUUCUAUCGCUUUUACAAUGUUGGUAUCGAGGCCCAUAAGCAACUGUUGGCUUAUAUAAGAACCAUCCUUGGCGAGUUAUUGGUUCCCCGCCCGUUUUCUGGACAUUCUCACACGAUGUGGGGCACCACGCUAAAUACCUUAUGGCAAACUACACACAGGGUGAUAGCCGUGUAUAAUGAUGACGGCGGCGCGGACUUUCCCGACAUAUGGCACGGGGAAUAUGUGGACUCUCCCUGGCCUAACACGAACAAAGCUAACGAUCUGAUCAACUUCCUGGAAAACAACUACACCAACAAACAUCGUUAUAAAAAUGAUACAUUUUACAACUGGCAAGGAGUAUUAACGGCAAGAACAAAAGAUGUCGCAUUGAGCCUUAGUUCAAGCCUAGAGGAGCGACUGGCGUCGUCGGCAACAGCGAGUUUCGUGAAGUGGCUAAGGGGCGGCAAGGUACCGGGACCUCAGGAGCUGAAUAUUUGUACGGCAGACUUUGUGGAAAACCACGACUUCAUUCCGACCGUUAUUGCGCUGAACCAACACAUGAGAGAUAUACCAAGGCCCUUCAUUGCACAAAACUAG